AUGGGUUUCAGAUCCUUGUUCACCAGAAAGAAGAAACUGCUCAAGAAAACGAUGUCGUCUUCAUCUUCCUCGCCUGUCGAAGCACCUCACGCGCCGCCGUCGCUGACCUUGAUGUCACGCGCCCAGUUCACGGAGGAACUCGAGCAUGUGUUUAAGAAAUUCGACGUAAACGGCGAUGGAAAAAUCUCGGCUUCCGAACUUGGUUCCAUAAUGAAAAGCCUUGGCCAACAAACAAGCCAGGAGGAGCUUGAUAAAAUGAUCCGCGAGGUAGAUUCCGACGGUGACGGUCACAUUAGCCUCGAGGAAUUCAUCGAGUUGAACAACGGCGUUGACCCCGACGAGGUUUUGGAGAAUCUCAAAGACGCGUUUUCCGUUUUCGACAUCGACGGAAACGGUUCCAUCACCGCCGACGAGUUGCACAUGGUCAUGGCCAGUCUCGGCGACGAAUGCUCCGUCGAAGAGUGCCGGAAAAUGAUUGCCGGCGUCGAUAGUGACGGCGAUGGAAUGAUUAACUUUGAGGAGUUUAGGAUGAUGAUGACCGGGGAAGGGGGUAAAGGGUGA